GAUGACCUUGGCGAACACAAGCUUAUUCCACGAACUGAAGCCAAGGCAAACUAUCUCCUCAAGGAUUGUGACCUUGACAUACGUGAACCUCCGCUACGUUUUUGGGCCAAGAAGAAUCCUCAUAACCCUCGUUAUGGUGACAUGAAACUAUAUCUGAAAUGUCAGGUGAUUGAUCGAAUGUUGGAAAUCUAUGGCAGCUGGGAAGAAUUUGAAGCUGAGAAAAAGUUGAGAUCAACGCAAAAAGAAGUCAGGGCUGAGAAGAAUUUCGAGAAAAAAGUGAAGGAAAUGAGGCAACAUAUACGAGGCCUGUCUGGUGUGAAGAUCCGUCAGGAAAAAGCCCAUGAGCAUGUUUAUGGCGAAGAAAAAUAUGACGAAGCUAAGGAUGAAUACUCGAAGGAAUGCUUAGAAUGCGACUAUGUGUUGACCUACGAAAAAAUGUGA